CACUCGGCGACAUUCCUCGAUGCUCGACGCUGCAAUCUGUACGGGUGCAUCGCUGUGGACAUGCAAACGUCCCCCGCAGCAAGCCCCACGUCGGGGUGGCCCCGGCGAUGCCUGCCUCCGAUGCAGGCGCGACUCACCGUCACAGCCAAAAUUUCGAACCGCCGCUCUCCACGACACGACUGACACACAAUGGCAGCCAUAGAAGACUACUCGCGGCCGACGACGCCAGACAACGCCAGCGGCGCUCAUGGCCCCAACGGCACCAACGGCCUCACAUCGCCGCGCACACCCCGGCCGACGGGCCUCUCCCUCACCGAGUACACGGCGAACCCCAGUCCGCCCCGCGAGCGGUCGGAGGAGCGCAAUGUGGUCCCUGAGGCCUUCCUGCUGCCCAACGGGCACCCAGACUACCUGCGCCUGAUCCUCACGUCCCGCGUCUACGAGGUCGUCGACGAGACGCCGCUUACCCACGCCACCAACCUCAGCAACCGCCUCGAAUGCAAUGUGCUGCUCAAGCGCGAGGACCUGCAGCCCGUCUUCAGCUUCAAGCUGCGCGGCGCCUACAACAAGAUGGCCCACCUCGACCCGAAGGACCGCUGGCGCGGCGUCGUGGCCUGCAGCGCUGGCAACCACGCCCAAGGUGUCGCCUACUCGGCCCGUCACCUGAAGAUCCCCGCGACCAUCGUCAUGCCGUCGGGCACCCCUGACAUCAAGCACAAGAACGUCUCACGCCUCGGCGGCUCUGUCAUAUUGCACGGCGCCGACUUCGACGAGGCAAAGGCCGAAGCCGCGCGCCUCGAGAAGCUGCACAGUCUCGUUUCGAUACCGCCCUUCGACGAUCCAUACGUCAUUGCUGGUCAGGGCACCGUCGGCCUGGAGCUCCUGCGUCAGACCAAUUUGCAGAAGCUGCAUGCCAUCUUCUGCUGUGUCGGCGGCGGUGGCCUGAUCGCCGGCAUCGGCGUGUACAUCAAACGCAUUGCCCCCCACGUCAAGAUCAUCGGUGUCGAGCAGUACGAUGCAAACGCCAUGGUCGAGUCGCUGAAGGCCGGCCGCCGCGUGCUGCUGAAGGAGGUUGGUCUGUUCGCCGACGGAGCAGCGGUCAAGACGGUGGGCGAGGAGACGUUCCGCAUCUGCCGCGAGGUUGUCGACGAGGUCGUCCAGGUCACGACAGACGAGACGUGCGCCGCCAUCAAGGACAUGUUCGAGGACACUCGAUCCAUUGUCGAGCCCGCUGGUGCCCUGGCCCUUGCCGGCUUGAAGAAGUGGGUCAGCCGCAACCCCUCUCCUGACCGUGAGCGAGGCCUUGUCGCAAUCGCAAGUGGUGCAAACAUGAACUUCGACCGCCUGCGUUUCGUCGCCGAGCGCGCCGCACUUGGUGAGAACAAAGAGGCUCUGCUGUCCGUUACCAUACCCGAGACACCAGGAGCUUUCGCAAAGCUGGUUUCUACCAUCCACCCCAUGGGCAUUACAGAGUUCAGCUACCGCUAUUCUGGGCCAGAGGAAGCCAACAUCUUGGUCGGUGUUGAGCUCAAGGCUGCCACACGGUCUCGCGACCUUCCUGACCUUAUCACUCGCCUUGCCGCCGAAGGCAUGAAAGCAACCGAUCUGUCUCAGGACGAGCUCGCCAAAUCGCAUAUCCGGUACUUGGUAGGCGGUCGCAGCGCCGCCGCCGACGAGCACAUGUUCAUGUUCGAAUUUCCUGAACGGGGCGGCGCGCUCAACAAGUUCUUGAACACAAUGCAGCCCGGCAUGAACAUCAGUCUCUUCCACUACCGAAAUUACGGUGGUGAUGUCGCCAAGAUUCUUGCUGGCAUCCAGUGCAAGCAAGAAGAGAGCGCGAAAUUGACUGACUUCCUGGGAGAGAUAGGGUACCCAUACAAGGAGGUCACAGAAAGCGCUAGCUAUAAGAUGUUUCUAAGGGAUUGAAGAUAGCCUGGCUUGUGAGGCUCUCGACCUGCCGCCAAGGCUUGCGCUAUGCUCGCUCUCAAGCAUCAAUUUCCUCAAAGCUCGUGUCACCUUUAGUCAUUUGAUCUCUC